CUUGGCCUCUCUUAAGAAUACUUCACUUAGGGUUUUGACUAAAUAAAGGUUGGGUCGAUGGCGUCUCUCACUCGUAUCGUUGGAUCCGACUGAUUACACUGAAGAUAGAUAUGGUGGAAACGAGGCGGAUGAGUAAGAAGAGGACGAGAGUGGCCUGCAAUUUCUGCGAAUUCUCCACCAGCAGGCCAAGAGAUGUCCCGAAGAAGACGAGAGUGGCCUGCAAUUUCUGCGAAUUCUCCACCAGCAGAUACGGAUGUGGCUCUGAAGAGGAUCAAGACAAUGAAGAAGGAAAGUUGCGGAAAGAAGUCGUGAGAUUACGAAACAUGCUCAUGAAAAUGCACGGUUUAGACGACGAUGCAAGUUACACUGAGCUGCAGGCAUUUAAAAGUCAUCUAGAUAAGGUUAGGUCCAUUGUGGUGGACCAACAGAAGAAGGAAGCAGAGCAUGAGAAUGAUGGCACAAGGAGAGGGGUUUCGAGGGGUAUGAAGAGAGGGGUUUUGGUUCCCUCUACUACGAGCAGCUCUGAUAAAAAAAGACAGGAGGAGAAAGUCCAACUGCAUAUGGAGAGGGAAUUCGAGAGACGAAAAUCUGAAUCCUUGGAGAGGGAAUUCGAGAGACGAAAAUCUGAAUCCUUGGAGAGCAAGUUCAAGAGACUGUGGCUUUUUAACGAGAGAAUGAAUGGUAGAGAGAUUGAUACAAUGACUUCUUACGAGGACCUGUGCGGACUUGAACGUCAGAUAUUUCGUGCUUUGGAGGGUUUGUCCAGCCAAAUUACGAUAGGACUGGAAAUUAUAGCAAGAUAUAAACAAUGUCCACACAAACAAGAAGAUGAAUCACUGUCUUUGGAGAGCGAACUCAAGAGAUUACGGCUUUUGACCAGGAGAAUGACGGGUAAGGAUUUGGACGGUUUGACUUUCGCUGAGGUGCAGUUGCUGAAAUCCCAACUAGAGGAAGCCUUGGUCAUUGUGAAGAACCAAGAAAAGAAAGUGAGGGAAGAGGAAGGCUCUUGUGGCUUUAUUGUGUUCAAUCAGAAGAUGAAAGCAAGGGAUAAGAAUAAAGCUACGAUGAAAAGCUCUGGAGAGAAACAAGAUGAUGCGGUCAUGCAUCUAUCACAGUCGCGUUGGGAGAUGGAAUACGAGAAACGAAGAGCUGAAUCCAUGCAGAGCGAGUUUGAGAGAUUAUGGCUCUUGAAGGAGAGAAUACGACUUCUUCCGAGCUGUCUCGACUUAUCUGUCAAAUCUGCAUUGCAUCGAGAAAGAUGACCGACCUUGUAUCAUCAAGAAUUGUUGAGAACAAAACCAAAUCUUACAAAUUAAAAGCACUGAUAAAGAGAUUAACAUAAAACAAAACAAAAAACAGACCUGAAUCUCUUUAAUUAGGUUCAUACUCAUCAUGUCUACUAGAGCAA